AUGAGCUCGCCGACCUCUCCAUACGUGAAUGGAUCGUCGAGACCUGCACAACCUGCGUCGACCCGAGUACCGGUCAUAUUCAGACGGCUGCUGCGAUUCCAGCAAAUGGACUUCGAACUGGCAGCCUGGCAGUUGACGUACUUAUGUUUGGCUCCCAAAAGAGUCUACAGGAAUGUCUAUUUCCAUAAACAGACCAAGAAUACGUGGGCGAGAGAUGACCCUGCCAUCUUGAUCCUACUCGCUGCGUGUCUCUUUGUAUCUGCCAUUGCAUGGUCUGUGGUGUACUCUUACACCCCGCUCCAAGCUAUCCGAUUGGCGUUUCUGAUGAUUUUCCGAGAUUACCUGCUUGUCGGAGUCGCCGUGGCGACAGUACUAUGGUUCUUGUCGAAUCGUCUUCUGUUGUCUCCACCAUCGCAUUCGACGCCUGCAGAUUCUGCGGUAGAAUGGGCAUAUGCAUUCGAUGUUCACACGAAUGCAUUCUUCCCGCUCUAUCUCACUCUGUACUUUGCGCAACUCUUUCUUGUGCCGAUCGUUCUUAAGAGCAACUGGGUCUGUCUCUUCGUUUCUAAUACGCUAUACCUAGCAGCGUUUGCGCAGUAUAUUUAUGGUGUCUACCUGGGGCUCAGUGCCUUACCGUUCCUCGCCCAUUCACAACUGCUCUUGGCGCCAUUGCUGCCUCUAUUCACGGGAUAUAUUGUGUCCCUCUUGGGCUUCAAUAUCGCAAAACAUGUACUGCCAAUCUAUUUUGGCUCAUGA